CGGUCUGCUCUUGGGCUGAAUUUGCUGGGACGGUCAGUCCUGGACUUAUUGACAGUCGUUUGAAAUCUGCACCAUUUGUAGAUGAUGUUCCUUACAGUGGAAUGAUAUAUUUCAAAUAAUUUGGAGAUCUUUUGCCAGAUGGAGAUCUUGUGGCUGCCUAUGAGAUCUUGCCAGACUCAUAGGCAGCCACAACCUUUUUUUCUGAAGGCCUUACAGAAAUAACAAAGGGAACACCAGAUACUAGAUAUGAGAGGGGUAUAAAUAAGACCGGUUCCACCCGCACUCCCUAAGCAAGUUCUAAUCACUGGAACCUGAUCUUCAACACCUGAUUCUGUUUUAUGGAUUUGAAGUUGUAAUAAAUGUAGGGGUGUACUUACUUUUUCCAUGUGACUUAUCUGUUUGUUGUUGUUUGUUGUUAAUUUAAAUUGUGAAAAUUACUACAAAAUAUAAAUUUUAUGUGUCAUAUUGGCAGAGCGUAUCACCUUUAUUAAUAGGCACUGUUUCAAAGAGGAUCAAAUGUUUGCUCGUCCAAAUAUGUACAAAAAGCCAACAAUUUCCAUGGGGUGUACUUAUUUUUUCACAUCACUGUAUAUGUAGAAUAAAAUUUUCAUGAUUAUCAUGAGAACAAUAGUGUAUUAAAUACUGUUUUUGAUGCAGUUUGAGAUCAGACAUUCAUCAGCACGUUAUCAUUUAUUACAAAACGGCAUUUACAACAUUCAUCACAUUUUCUCUUUAUCCACACUGCAACAUUUCUAAGCUCAAGCAGUUUUUGUGGCCUUCAUGUGUUUUUUAUUCCUUGGUUUCCGUUAAUGUUUUCUUCCUUGUAAACUGAAGAAUCACGUAAUACUAGGUGGUUUUUUCUGUGCUUAAUGCCUUCUGUGGCCUUUUGUUUCCCCAAGGCAUGACAUCAUAUUCAUUGAGCUGUCAAUCAAACUUGGGGGGCGUGCUUAAUUUCUAAGUUAUAAAAACAUCUGAGUUGCCUGAACUAUAAUUCAUUUCACCAUAAUGUAACAGAGACUUUUAAAUUUUUUUAAUGCAUGUAUUCAUGAACCUGACGGAGUUUAACCAGUCUGAUCUCUGUGAGCAUUUCUCCUGUCCAGAGAGAUCUGGAUCUCCUGCAGUUUAUAUCUUACUGUACGUGUGUUCAGCUGCUGUGGUUCUUCUAACAGUGUGUGGAAAUCUUCUCAUCAUCACCUCUGUUCUUCACUUCAAGCAGCUUCACACACCGACAAACAUGCUCGUGCUUUCUCUGGCUGUAUCGGAUUUCGUCGUUGGUGCUUUAGUAAUGCCGUUGAUGUUAAUCUGGACGAUCGAGUCAUGCUGGAUUUUUGGGAGAGAUUUCUGCAUCAGUUUUUGGUUAAUUAGUGGUUUCCUCACUAUCUCGUCCAUCUAUAAUAUCGCUCUGAUCGCUGUGGAUCGGUAUUUGGCUCUCUCAAACCCCUUUCUCUACAUGAACAGAGUGUCUGUGAGGAUCACUGGUAUUGUAAUUGUAUGUGUCUGGUGUGUGGUGCUGGCCUAUAACUCAGCACUCUUAUAUUUCAGUGUAAGCUUCAUGGGUUCUGUAAUGUGUCCUGGAGAGUGUUUACUCUAUCUGAAUGAUGUUUGGGCUGUAAUUGACCUUAUAUAUUCAUUUAUAUUUCCACUUUCUGUCAUAAUCAUAUUGUAUACUCGAGUGUUUGUGAUUGCUAAGAAACAUGCCACUGCUAUCAGAGAGCUUAAUAAUCACACACGGCCUAAAAGACAGAAAAUCACCUCACACUCGAUGAAAUCUGAGAGAAAAGCAGCUAAAGUCCUGGGCAUUUUAGUGUCUGUGUUUCUGAUGUGUUUACUUCCGUAUUUUAUUUACAGUUUAUUAGGUGGUGUUAUUGAACUACAGACAGAAACAUUUCAGAAACUUAUGAAUGUGCUUUAUCUUAAUUCCACCAUUAAUCCUGUUAUUUAUGCUCUGUUUUACCCGUGGUUUAGGAGGUGCAUUAAAUUAAUUAUAACUCUGCGAAUAUUCCAGACAGACUCUGCAUUAAUCAAUAUUCUUUCAUAA